AUGGCAAAGGUCGUGCCGUCCCGUGCCCCGUCCGGUCGCUGGAUGAAGAUGAAACACCGAGGAAUCUGCCUCUGCCCCGACCGAACCAUCAUCAGCUUGAGGUUGGAUAGUCAUGCGUUGGCGGUGAUUCCGCCCGCUGACCCUGCUGGACCACGCCACCCUGAAUACAAGGAUGGAACAUGA